ACCUCACAAAUAUGCUCCUGGAAAUAAGGUCUUGAAUUCCCAUUAAUUCACUCCUAAACCCUGUUGAAAGCCUUCCCACGAGAGUUAAAGCUGUUAUAGCUUAGUUAAAGCUGUUAUGUAUUAAUAAUGGGAUAUCACUUAAAUGUAUAUGUGGGUCAAGGCAGGUGAGUGAAUACUUUUGGCAAUAUAGUUUAUUAUAAUAAUACCAAUAUAUUAAUUCAAAAAAAUGUAAUAAUCUUGAAAAACAAUGUACGAAAGGAAUUAGCCAAUUCUUAAGUCAUUUUCUAAAAAAAAUAAUUUGAUCGAUACCUGCAUUAUCAUAUUAUAUACAACAAACGUGCGUAUGUCUGUGUAUAAUUGUGAAAAUAAAUAGCCUUCAAUUUAUUUUUCAUUUUAUUUUAUUUUUUCAUUUUAAUGCCCUGUACCACUAAAGGUAUAUUACCUGAAGAAUAUAUAAGCCAGAGCUUGAGAUUGCGAUCAAAUUGGUCGCAUAUACAAACUUUUUUCAGCUUGUGCGAGUGCAAACUUAAUCUUGUUGCGUUUGCGCGAGUGCAUGUUUUAAAUGUUGAAAGUCACCUAUUUUCCCACUGCAAUCUCCUCCUCCAAAGAGAGAGGACAACUUAAGUACCGUAUUUUCACGACCAUAAGGCGCACUUAAAAGUCUUAAAUUUUCUCCAAAAUGGACAGGGCGCCUUAUAAUGUGGCGCGCCUUAUGUGUGUAUCGAGUUCCAAAAUGUGUAAAUGUUGUUGUGUGACUUUGAUAAGCGCUCCGCUUCACUGACUGGGAGCAUUUCCUGCCGACACGCUGCUUAUAUAGAGGAAAGGUGGACGUGACUGAGGACAGCAUGCAGACGUUAAAGGGGGAAGGGUGCGUGUGAAAGAGGACGCUAACGGCACGCCCCCCAGUAGGUAUAGAGCGCCGGGAUGUGCAUUGUGCAAAACAACAUCGGUUUGGCUAAGGACCCCCGAAAAUGGCACCUACGCAGAGACACGCUUAUGAAGCACAGUUUAAACUGCAAGCUAUCAGUUACGCGGAGGAACAUGGAAAUCGAGCAGCCGGGAGAGAAUUCAAGAUCAACGAAUCCAUGGUUCGCAAGUGGAGAAAGCAGGAAAACGAGCUUCGCCAAGUCAAGAAGACGAAGCUGAGUUUCCGCGGAAACAAGGCGAGGUGGCACGAGUUGGAAGACCAACUCGAGCAAUGGAUUAAUGAUCAAAGAACAACCGGGAGAAGUGUCUCUCCAGUCACCAUCCGACUGAGGGCAAUAACACUUGCAGAAGUAAUGAAAAUCGAACAUUUUCAAGGAGUGCCGUCUUGGUGCUUUCGUUUUAUGAAACGGUGCCACCUAUCGCCGGGGGAGUUACGGCCACUAUAUGUGAAUGGAUUGUGGAUGCCUGAGCUAAAGUAUCUGCUUUGACUGUUGUCCGAGCUUUCGCGAAAGCCGGCAUCAUUGCUGAACAGCCCCCCUGGCAACGAGACUGACUCCGACAAUGCCGAGAGGGAACCCGGCAGGUUUGAUGGAGAACUAGCCCAGCUGUUCAUUUCGUAUACAGAAGAUGAGGACUUUGAUGGAUUUGUGGAUGAGGAUUGAUCAAAAAAUAACUGGUCCCUCACAUCACAGAUGCAAUCCAGGAAUGGGUGAUGAAUCAGUCCAAGGUCUCUGUGGACGGCGAUGGUGUGGAGCCUCAAGUUUGUGUUAUAGAGCUAGGGGGCACAGUGGGAGACAUCGAGAGCAUGCCCUUCAUAGAAGCCUUCAGACAGUUUCAGUUCAAGGUGAAGAGGGAGAACUUCUGCAACAUCCAUGUCAGCCUUGUGCCACAGCCAAACACUACAGGAGAGCAGAAGACUAAGCCGACACAAAACAGUGUGCGGGAGCUCAGAGGUCUUGGCUUGUCUCCCGACUUGAUAAUGUGCCGUUGUACGAUGCCUUUGGAAACAGCUGUCAAGGAGAAGAUAUCCAUGUUUUGUCACGUGGAGCCAACACAGGUGAUCUGUGUGCAUGACGUGUCUUCAGUCUACCGAGUACCUCUGUUGUUGGAGGAUCAGGGAGUUGUUAGCUACUUCUGCCAAAGGCUGAACCUGCCUGUUGAGAUGAGGCCCAGAAAGAUGCUAUCCAAGUGGAAGGAGAUGGCCGAUAGGUCCGACCGUCUGCUAGAGCACGUUUCCAUCGCCCUGGUGGGCAAGUACACAAAGCUGUCAGACUCCUACACAUCCGUCAUCAAGGCCCUGGAGCACUCUGCGCUCGCCAUCAGUUACAAGCUCGAGGUCAAGUACAUAGACUCAGCCGACUUGGAGCCGGCCACUUUGCAGGACGAGCCGGUGAAAUAUCAUGAGGCUUGGCAAAAACUCUGCAGCUCUAAUGGCGUGUUGGUGCCUGGUGGUUUUGGUGUGAGAGGAACAGAAGGCAAGAUGUUGGCCAUAAACUGGGCAAGAAAACAGAAUAAACCCUUCCUAGGUGUAUGUUUGGGCAUGCAGCUGGCCGUGUGCGAGUUUGCCCGCAAUGUUCUCGGCUGGGAAGAUGCCAACUCCACGGAGUUCAACCCGGACUCCAAGUACCCGGUGGUGAUCGACAUGCCAGAGCACAACCCGGGCCAGAUGGGAGGCACAAUGAGGCUUGGCCAGAGGCGAACCAUCUUCAAAUCCCAAAACAGUGUGCUGAGAAAACUUUAUGGAGACGUGGACCACGUUGAUGAGCGGCACAGACACAGAUUUGAGGUUAACCCUGAGCUCCAGCACCACUUUGAAGAGAAAGGGCUUCAGUUUGUCGGCCAGGACGUGGCGGGGGAGCGGAUGGAGAUCAUUCAGUUGGAGGACCACUGCUACUUUAUCGGAGUUCAGUAUCAUCCCGAGUUCACCUCCAGGCCUAUCAAACCUUCGCCGCCCUACUUUGGCCUCCUGUUGGCUUCUGCUGGCAAACUCCAGAGCUACCUGGCAAAGGGCUGCCGCCUGUCUCCACGGGACACAUACAGCGACCGCAGCGGAGGCAGCUCUCCCGACGUCGACAUCGCCGAGCUCAAACUCCCGUCCUUGUCGUGAGGCUUGGGCCGCCCCUGUGUCAACUAUUAGACAAAGUGCCACUCAAAACGUGUUUUCAGCCUAAUGGGUAAAAUAUACUGUUGAUUAUUUAUACUUUUCGGUGAAUGGAUAAAGCUUUGAGGGAUGUCUAAAGCAAGAAAAAUAUUUUUUUUUUGGGAAAAGAUCUGGUUAUUGUGUAUGACAAGCAGCAUAGUGUUUUAUCUCUGGGAUGGAUCGAAAGCGUAGUUUAUUACGCAUUUAGCUUUAAAAGUUUUACAUAAAUGAAUUAUUUUACAUUUAAUACAAUUGAGGUCAAAGACGAGUGUGUCUAUUGCAACCUAUUGCAGUAUUUCUACGACAUGCAGUUUUAUGUACAUAUCAAUGAUUUUUACAUUGACAUUGAGUGUACUGUAUAUACAAAUGUUAUCUUCCUUUAUUAUCACUGACAUGCCUUUUGCAAACCUUUAUGAAAUUCCAGACGUGUAUAAAUGCAAAAACAAUACUUCAGAUUUCGUUUUGUCACCUCUGCCUUGAUAAAAUAAACGGCCUCAGCAUAAUGUUCAUUUCUCUUUCACCAACCUUUCACUUCUUAGCCUGUAAAUCACCCAAUUUUGUCCCAUCUUGCUGAAUGUAUGAAUGUAAUUGUCAUUCAUACUGAAUGCUGAAUGUAAUUGUCAUCUCUCCUCCUUAAUUCAGCCUAAUAUUGCUAAAUUACACAAAAAGUUGUUACAUUGUAAAUGCAAUUUUUGAGCCCCCAUUUCUUAGCAUAAACUAACGUAAUCCUAAAGAUUUAGAUUUUGACUACUGAUGAUUUUUACGUGUCCAUCAGAUGGUGUUACUCUUCCCCAUUCAAAGCAUGCUGUAAAUUUUGACACCUUUGUGUUAGCUGCUGUAAGUAUCAUUGAUGUUGGAAAGGUCCUCUCUCUUAGAAGUGCAUACAGUUUUUUAAUUAUUCAUUCAUUCAUUUCCCGUACCACUUAUCCUAAUUAGGGUUGCGGGCAUGCUGGAGCCCAUCCUAGCUGACUCUGGGCAAGAGGUGGGGUACACCCUGAACUGGUCGCCAGUUAAUCCAGGGCACAUAUAAACAACCAACCAACCGUUCGCACUCACAGUCACACCUACGGGAAAUUUAGAGUCUUCAAUUAACCUACUGUGCCUGUUUUUGGGAUGUGGGAGGAAACCGGAGUACCCGGAGAAAACCCACGCAGGCACGGGGAAAACAUGCUAACUCCACACAGGCGAGGCCGGACUUGAACCUGGGUCCUCAGAACUGCGCGGUAGAUGUGCUAACCAGUGGAUCACCGGGCCGCCUGUUUUGAGUUAAUUCAAGUAAAUGGUUAAAAUUAACAAAAUAUGAUUCAUAUUUGAUGUGUAGGUACAGUCGGUACUGAAAGUAUUCAGACCCCCUUAAAUGUUUCAUUCUUUGUUAUAUUGCUGCCAUUUGCUAAAAGAAUUAAAGUUUUUUUUUUCCCUCAAUGUACACAGCACCCCAUAUUGACAGAAAAAAACAAAAUUGUUGAAAUUUUUGCAGAUUUAUUAAAAAAGAAAAACUGAUAUCACACAGCCAUAAGUAUUCAGACCCUUUGCUGUGACACUCAUAUAUUUAUAUUUACACUGUCCAUUUCUUCUAAUCAUCAUUGAGAUGGUUCUACACCUUCGUUGGAGUCCAGCUGUGUUUGAUCAUACUGACUAGACUUGAUUAGGAAAGCCACACACCUGUCUAUAUAAGACCUUACA